CUGCGCGCUCUCUAUAGUGUAUCUGUAGACCAUCUAUAUAUACAUAAUAAUAAAGAUGUUUCACCUAUCGUCCUUCGAUGUAUUUGUAUACAAAGAGCUUAAUGGACGAAUCCUAUUUUCUCAUAUGAGUAAUAUAAUGGAAAUUUAAAUUUUCUACGCAGGUAGUAUGAAAAAAACUCGAUAUAUUUUUCAUUUCUAUAUUUCAUGUAUAGAAAUUAUUAUGAACACAAUAAUCGGAUAAAUGGCUUCGCCGCGAAGAUUAAUACCCACGCUGAAACAUCUGUCACCUCGGUCACUCGAAAAUGUAUCCAACAUUAGUAGAGCAUCAAGUCCGAAAACUCCCAACAUUCGAAAAACCGUGAAGAAUGAAAAUUUGUUGUCGCCGUUUAAUAUCGAUACCCCGAAUAGAAUCAGAUUAUUGAGAGACGGUCUACCGAGAAAACAUCGUUCUGUACUAGGCACGGGUGCUUUCGGUACUGUCUACAAGGCGCUUUACAAAGGGGAUCAAGUAGCAGCCAAAAUAAUUCAAGGGAAUGAUAACGAAGUAAUAAACUCGGAGAAACACGCAGCUGUUUUACGACAUGCUAACAUCGUGAAAAUAUUGAAUAUAGAACAGGGUAGCAGCUUAUCGCUGAUAACGAUGGAGUUGUGCGGCACAUCGUUGCAAGACAGACUACAGGAAUCGGUUCUGUCCAGAGAGAAGCGGGUUGCCAUUUGGCGGGACAUCGCCCGCGCGCUUCAAUUCUGUCACAAUUCCGCAGUGAUACACGCGGAUGUGAAAGCGACCAAUAUCCUGAUGGCUGCUGAUGAUCGAGCCAAACUCACCGACUUCGGUAGCUCUAUACUGAUCGGCGAACCACACAUUUCAAUCAAGCCACGAGGUACACCAGGUUACACAGCACCAGAAGUACUCAGAGGAGAUGUACCUACAUUUGCUGCCGACAUUUACUCGCUAGGAAUCGUGGCUUGGCAAAUGCUAUCUCGGGAGGUACCCUUCCAUGGACUGCACAUCCACACUAUCAUAUAUAUCUCUGUAAAAGGAACGCGUCCUAAAAGUGAAGGUCUCGACGAUGAAUUCAGUGGAAGAUACAAGGAACUGUUCAAAGCAGCAUGGUCGCAGAAUAUCGUGGACAGACCAGCACUAAGUGAAAUAAUCAGCAAACUCGAUCUCUUGUAAUUAAUUGUUAAUAUUUAUUUAUGCAGAAAGUUCUUAAGCAUAUAAGGAAUCUUACUUGUGAUACAUAGCUAGAUUACCAUUUGUGUCUUUAUGGGAUAAACCCUGAGAAUGAUACAC